AUAUUAGUGACAGUUAUUCCGCAGAUUUUCUGAACUUGGAAACAAGAGCUGCGUUUGAUUUUUCAGCAAGUUUCUCGAACUGCGUCGCUUUAAUUUGGUCUAUAUGAGCCCCACUAAUCCAGGAGAUGGACCAAGAUGAAAGGCAACGAAAGCUCGAGGCCGGAAGAGCAAAGCUUGCGCACUUCAGACAGCGGCGGGCGAAAAGCGACAGUGCGAACUCGCAGAAAAAGACGCCGAAGAGGAAGGGCCAGGCUGUCCAAGCGAAUGACAGGGCAGCGCAAGAACACCGCUUAGAGAAGACACAAACUGACCACUCCCAUGGACUGGACAACGAUGAUGAUUCAGAGGAGUCAUUGCAGCCUGAUGGCAUCACUGGUGAUCCAGCAGCCUGUCAGAAUAGAAGAGAGACUGGUGAAGCAGAUGCCCCAGAAUGGAGCAGUCUUCCUGGAGACGGGGUUACAAUGGAUCAGCCUGUCGAGACGGAUGAGCUUUUGGGGGAAAUUAUAGUUACGCACACUAGCAAAGAACAACUCAAGCAGUUGCAGGCUGCAGUGGAGAAGCGGAAUGAGAUCAUCUCACAGCUGAGUAUUAACCUGCAGGCAGCGCUAAUGAGCAGAGACCAGGUGCAGCUGGAGGCCCAACAGUUGACAGGCCAAAUACAGGAGCUUCAGCUGCAGCUACAGCAGGCCAAAGAGUACCUGCGUGGUAAAAGUGUAGGAUGGGCGGAUCUGUCUCAAACCCAGCAGAACCAGUGGCAGCUACAAAUCGAGGAAUCUCAGAAGAUGACUAGAGAUCAACAAUGCCUUUUGGCUCAGAAGGAAAAUGAAAUCACAACUUUGCAACAGAAGCUGAGUGCCAUGGAGGAUUCCCUCAGCCAUCUCCACAGUGCCUUUACUUCGAACAACAUGGAGGAGGUCAGAGCACGCUUGUUCCACCACAAUGAACAAAGCUCAGUGGCUUUUAUGGGCCCCGAAAAAAGCCUGAACUCAGAUGCUGAUUCAGUCCUGAUCCUUCAGCAGCUAAGAAGUGAGCUCGAAGAAGAGCGACAGAACACCAAGCGAGCACAAGACCGUGCUAACAACCUGCAGGUGGCAAUGGAUAAUUUGCAGACUGAGAAGUUUGAGAUUGAGGCUCAGCUAACUGCAGUUCAGGUAGAACUGGAGAAAGCUGAGGCACUGGCUCAGGAGGCACAAAAGUACAAGGAGGAGAAGGAGGAGCUCAACCAGGAUGUGGCUCGUCUGGACGGGUUGGUUCAGCAGCUUCAGAGCAGACUACGAGAAGAAGAGGAAGCUGGUGAGAACUUGCGCUCCAAACAUGAAGCGGAUAUUGCCAACUAUGAGCUCCAACUUCAGACUCUGGAGGAGGAGCGAGGGAUGAAUUUAGCCCAAUUAACAGAAACCCACGAAGCUGCACUCAAGCGUUUGCAAGAGGAACAUUUGGAGGAGGUCCAGCAUAUUCAGGAGCUGCUCAGCAGAGCACAGCAGCAUAAUCAGUUCCAGAAUCAACAUGAAGUCCCUGAGGUUGAGCUUGAGGCCAGUCUGAACUGGUUGAAAGCAUCUAAAGAACAGCAGAACCAGGAGGCGACCAGUGAGAAUCCUGCUGGACCUGGAUCUGGGCCUAGUUUGGAUGCCUCAGUUACAGAAGACCAGAAUGAAUUGAUGGAACGAUACCUAGCAAUGGCUGUGCAGCAUGAAAGCUCGUGGGUAGAACAUCUAGAAAGCCUGGAGGAGCAAAGCCUUUUAGAGAUCUCUGAAGCUUCUAAAUUUGAGCUGGAGAAUGAGAGUGAGCUUGUUCUCGAGUCAAGAAUAUCUGUCCACCAUGAAGUUUGUAAUGAUAGCAACAUAUCAUUUUCUGUGCAACCAGAUCAAGCAGAAGGUGACCCACCUGACCUGGGUGGGAUGUCCUUCUCACAAGCUCAGUGGCAGAGCUUCACCUCUACCUCAAAGGGUCUGAAUGAAAGUGUGGAUGACGUUGAUGGUAUGGGUGGUAUUGAUUUGGGCAAGGAGCUUCUAAUCCAGCAGUGUCAAGACUUGACUGAGCAGUUGGAGGAGAAGGAGAAGCAGCUUGAGGUUCUUCAGGAGGAGGUCCGACGCUCAGCUGAGGAACUGGACGAGGCACGAGAGCGCUGGAGCAAAGCUUCAGAGAAGCUUGAGGAAGCAAAGUGGGAGCUAGAGACUGAAAGAGAGAAGAGGCUUCACUGUGAAGAGAUCAUCAGUCAGAAAACCUACGAGCAGGACAACCUAAAGAACAAACUCAGCUCUCUGCAGAGCCAGCAAGAUGACGUGUGCUUAAGCCCAGAUGCUUCGGAAGCAAGAGAGAAGGACUCAAUCAGAACACGUUCGCCCAGUGAUCCAGAGGAUCUUCUGAAGGAGCUGAAGGAGGACAAAGCCAAGCUGGUGCUCCAGCUCAAACAGCAGGAGCAGCUGGUCAGGGAAAUUCAUGAACAGAAAACGGCUGGGGAUUCGGUGAGCAGUGAGGUGCAGGCUCUCUUCGGCCGGCAACUCUCAUCCCUGCAGGCCCAAAGAGACCAGCUAAUUUUGCAACUGGAGAACCUAAGGGAGAAGAACCAAACUACAUCUGUGCUUCUGGGUCAAAAGACACUUGAGGUGGACUCUGCUAAUGGGGAAAUCCAGCGACUCCGAGCAGAGGUGGAAGAGAAGGUGGAGAAUCUAAAAAAGAUGGAAAAGAAUAAAACAGACGUGGAAUCUAAAUUGAUGUGCCUUAAACAGAACUUGACUAAUAUGGAGGAGGCCUUGAAUCAGGGGGCAGUGGAAAAAGCUGCUCUGGAGGAGCGUCUGCAAGCCUUCGAGGAGCAGACCAGAAAUAUGGAAAAUGUUUUGGAAUCGGAGCUCACAAACUUUGAGGCCCAGCUUAAAGCAAAGGAUACUGACCUGGAGCAGAUGAAGGAAGCAAAAGAAAAGGCAGAAGAUGAGCUAAUGGAGAAGGAGAACAUCUUCCAGAAGGAACUGACUGAGCUUAAACAAUCGUUGGAAAUGCACCUGAAUGAGAAUGAAGAGGAGAAAAAGAAACUGUUGGAAAAGCAUCAAAAGGAGGUGCAGGAUUGGGAUUUGCGCUUGAAGAAGGAACUUUCAGAGCUAAAGGCCAGCCUGGAAGAAGAGCAGAGGAAACAGCUCUGCCUUGUUAAACAGGUUCAUGAGCGAGAACACCAAAGAGAGCUGUCGCAGCAGGUGGUCCAGCAGAGGGAGGAGUUAAGUCUGCUGAAGGCUGAGCUCAUUGAAGAACUGAGAGACAGCAUGGAGGCUGCACAUCAGGCUGAGCUGUUGCAAGCACAGACACAACAGGCUCUGGAGCUUGAAGCUCUGCGUCUGAGUCUGACCAACCUACACACAGCUCAGCUGGAGCUCUCCCAAGCUAACCUACAGAAGGAAAAGGAAGCAGCUCUGAGUGAGCUUCAGGCCAGUCUGAGGGAGAAGUGGGCUCAGGAGAGUGCCAUGCUCCAGGCCCGCCAGCAGUUUGAGCUAGAGAGGCUCCGUGAACAACACAGCGAGCAGGAGACGAGAGUUCAGCUCCAACACCAGAAGGAGCUUGAUGAUCUUAAGAGUGAGUGGGAAAAACAGCUAGUGAAGGAACGGACUUCUGUGGAGCAAAAGCAGACCAGUAAACUGGAGGAGGAGAAGAUCCAGUGGUUGCAGGAGUUUGAGUCUGAGCGAUCAGAGCUCCAGAAACAUUUACAGGAGACCCAGCAGAAGCUGACUGAGACCCAAGCUGCCCUCGUCAAAGCUGAAGCUAACUUCACUGAGGCUCAGGACAGACUGGAGGAGCUUCAGCGAUCUAAAGAGCAGGAAAUUGAGCAUCUGGAGUCAGACUUGAGUCAAGCAUGGGCUGAUCGAGACUCUGCUGCACGUGCUGUUGAAGAGCUGGUCACCAGUCACAAGGUGGUUCUACAGGAGCAGCAGGCUCAUGCACAAAGUCUUGAGGAAAGAGAGAAACAGCUGCAGCAAGAGGUGGAUCGCCUGCAUUCAGAGCGAGAGGCACUAAAGUCCAGCUCAGACAAGGAAAUUGCAAACCUCUGGUCUCAACUGGAGAGCAUGAGGGCUAGCAGGCAGGAACUGGGAGAGCUGAAGGAGCAGUUGCUGGCACGAUCAUCACGUGUUGAUGACAUAGAGCGGCUGAAGCAGGAGUUCUCACAGCAGCGUCAGGACCUAAAGGAGCAGAAUGAGGUGGAGCUGGAGAACCUGCGCACAUACUUCGAGCAGCGCCUGCGGUCCAGUGAGGAGAGCCACCGGGAGGAGAUUGCCCUGCUGCAGCUGCGGCUUGUAGAGGGAGCCCUGGAGGAGUCUGUCCUCAAGACUGGGGAGACAAGUUUCCUCUCUGAUGGGAAGGCUGAAGAGGAGAGGGCUGAUGCACUGGCUGAGAUUACAGAACAGCUGGAGAAACACAAGGCGGAGCUGGACGCGUUGCGUCUGCAGUUGGAGGAGAAACACAGGCAGGACCUGGAGCUGCUGCGCUGUAGCAUGGCUCUGUCCUAUAAAGAAGAGUUACUGCAGGCUCACACUGAGCUCACUGACCGCUACUACAGUGACAUCGAGCAGCUCAACACCAAACAUGCUCUAGACAUUGAACAGCUCCGGGCCAAACUCUCAGACAACCACAUCAAAGACAUAACAAAGUUGCGGCUGCAGUCGGCAGCAGAGGUGGCUCGUCAGGUGGAGGCUGAGCUGGAGGAGAGGACGCGGGUGCAGACCGAGGAGCACCAGGCCCGGCUAGCCCAGCUGGCCUCAGAAACUGAACGCCUACUGAGCCUGGAGAAGCAGCUGGCCCAGCUUACUCUCCAGCACACCCAGGAGCUGGAAAGAGCUACUGAGCAGCACUCCCAGGAGCUGAAGGAGCUGGAGGACAGGCUGAAGCAAAACUUUGCAAAAGAGAUGGCCCUGCGUGUUGAAGAGGCACAUCAGGAGGAGAGGAACUGUGUGAAUAAGGAGCUCUUGGAACAAAGCAGGGAGGCACAGGCCCAGCUGCGGGAACAGCUCCAGGCUCAAGCUGAGGAGAACCUAGCCUCCUUGAGAGAGGAGCUCCGGCAGGCAGCACUGGAGGAAAGAAGGGAGCUGGAGCAGAAGCUGGCCCAGGCUGAAGAACGUUUGGCAGUAUUGAAGGAGAGGCUGCAGACCCUGCAGGCCAGUCUGAACAGUGACGAGAACCCUCAAGUGGUGGCAGUCAGGGAGAAGCUCCAAGCUCAGUAUGAGAGUGAGCUGCGCACAGCCAAGAACACCAUGGCAUCAGAGGUAAAGGAACUGAACGCACUACUUCAGGAACAGACUGAGACCAAGCUAAAGGAUGCCCUCUGCAGGCAUCAAGAAGAACAAAGACAUCUGGAGGAGAAAUUUGUCCAACAGAGAGAAGCUGUUCUCAGGGAGCAGCAGCAACAUCACGACUUGGAGCUGAAAGCCCAGAAAGAGCUGUUUGAGCAACAUAUUUCUAAACUUCAAAGUGUAGAAAAGGAGUGCCAGGAACUUAAAUUGCGACACCAGGAGGAGCUCGACACACUCUCCUCCAAUCACAAGGCGGCUGUUGAAUCUUUGGAGUCGGAUCUGUCUGAGAAACACCGGGCUGAGCUCGAUAAACUGCAGGUGGUCCUCGAGGAGACCAAUCUUGCACAGCUUGAAGCUCUGGAGGCGGAGCUUAUUGGCCGUCACAAACAAGAACUGGAGGAGCUCGAGACCAGGAUGCUGAGUAACAUGGACACACUGGAGAGUACGUACCUGAAGGAGAUCCAGGCAUUGAGGGAGGAGGAGGAGGAGGGGCUGCAGAAGUUACGGACCUCGUUGAAGCAGCAGCAUGCUGAGGAGAUGGAGAGAAUUAGGGAAGAGGAGCUGUCAGUUAGGGAGAAGCUGAGGCAGGAGCUGACUCAGGUCCACACAGAGAAGAUCAGCAUCAUGGCAGCUGAACUCAGCCAGGCCCAUCAGGACAAGUUAUCUGAGGUGCUCUCGUCGCAGAAGGCUACACUGGAUGCCAGUCACCGCUCUGCUCUGGAAACCCUUCAGCAGCAUGUGCUGGAACUAGAGCAGCAGCAUAGUUCAGCGCUUCAGGAGAUCACAGCCCUGAGCAGCAUUGAGAAAGAGCAGUUACAGCAGCGGCUGGAUGCUCUGACUGCACAGCACCAGCAGCAGCUACAGGAACUUAGAGGAGCUUCUGCCCGGGAGAUCGAGGCACUGCGCCGAGAGCUGGAGGAAGAGACUUCACGUCAGCGCUUGCACUCUCUGGAGGAGGCGGAGCUUCUAAAGUGCCAAUCAGAGGAGCAGCUGCAGCAAAAGAUUACACAGAUUAAGGAGGAAAGUGAGCAGGACAAGGCAUCUGCUCUAGAAGAGCUUGAGAGGAGACUGAAGGAGCAACACCAGCAGAAGGAACUUGGCUACACAGAGAAGAUGAGCCAGCUCACAGCACAACUCCAGCAGCUCGACACAGUGGUGUCACAGCUGCGUGCUGAGGUGAGUGGCCUGCAGGGGGAGCUUGAGGGCAAGCGUUCAGAGAUGGACACACUGGGGACUCUCCUGCAGCGGCGAGAGCGGGAAAGCCAGGAGGGAACCAACCUGCUGGCUAUGCUGCGUGACGACCUCAACACCGCCACACAGCAGAGGCUAGAUCUGCAGUCAGCUCAUGACCGACUACAGCGGGUAUUCCUUGAGAUGCUGCGGGUUACAAUGGCGACAGAAGAACAUAUCAACCGCAGAUUGGGGGCUCCUGUGGCAGGUGACUGCCCUGGAAGUCACACUACAAGCACUAGGAAAAGAAAGGGCAGUCGUGACACUCAAGAGACAGAGGCUGGAGUAGACUGCAGUGUGUUUUCCUCUGUGACUGAUGAAGGUCUAGAGCUGUCUCAGCAGCUGUGUGAGAGUUUGUUCUCUGGACCAGAAGGAGAGCUGGACCCAGAAAGGGAGGAGCUCGUCUUGGAGCCAUGCACUCGCCUACGCACUUCUAUAGACAAACUGCUGGAGUUGGUCUCGGAGUCCACGUUACAGCUGGAGCAGUUGCAUGCUCUGCAGGCUGCUGUGAAUGAGCAGUUUAGAGAGGGGGAUGAGGCCAGGAAUGCUUUGCUGCAGCAGCACACUCAGCUCGUAGAGCAGCUGGACCAGGAGUCCAGCCUGAAGAGUCACCUCCAGCUGGAACUUCACAAGGCUGAAGGUCUGAUAGAGGGCUAUGUGGCAGAGAAGGCAGUGCUGGAGGAGACCCUGCAGCAGAAGGAAGCACAGGAGCAGAGGCUGGUGGAGGAACUGGAGAGCACUCGGGCCCAGCUACAGGAGCUCAGCGAGGCUCACGUCCUCCUGCAACGGCAGAGAGAUGCACUGUCCUCAGGCCUCGGUGAUGCUGAGAAGGGCGGUCCUGAUGUAGGGGGAGAGAAAGCGCUGCUGGCGGAGGCGGAGCGGCUGGGGCAGGAGCGUGUUGACGUGCAGAGGCAGGCGGAGAAGGACCACAGUGGUCUGGCCACUCGGGUGCGACUGCUAGAGCUGACAUUGGAGGAGCAGGAGAACCGCACGCAGCAGGAGGAGCAGCAGCACCGAGCUCAAACUGAGGACCUACAGCAGCACAUCCAUGCUCUGGAGAAACAGCUCAAACACCAUCGCCAGUUCAUAGACGAACAAGCUGUGGAGAGGGAGCAUGAAAGAGAUGAGUUUCAGCAAGAGAUUAAGAACCUGGAGGCUCAACUCAAGCUACCUUCCAAAGGACACUCAGGAGGAGACUCCAAUGGUCAAAGGAUUGAAGACUUGGUUAUUCAGGUGGAAAGUCUCCAGGCCCUCAUUAAAGACAAGACAGAGGAUUACAGCGUGCUGCUAUCAGCUAAAGAGCAGUGGCAGCGUGAUCUGGAUGAGCGCAAUGAUGAGAUUGACAAGAUGGCAUCUCGAAUUCGAGAGCUUGAGCAGGCUCUCCUGAGCAGUGCUGAAGCUGGAAGGGCGGUAACCCAGCUAGAGCAGGAGCUGCAGAGAGCACGCAAGAGCCUGCAGGACCUCUCUCAGGAUAAAGAAGCCUUGCAGCAGCAGCUCUACUCCAAUAAGCUCCAGAUCUCAGCCUUGCAAUCUAAACUGGAUGAGACUAGACAUCGCUUCCCUGAUCCCAAUGCUGACCCUGGUCUCAGAGAACAGCUAGAGACGCUCAAACAAGACCUACAAAGCAAAAAGGAACAGGUGGAGCUGCAGCUUGAGCAAGUGGAGGAGCUGGAGAAGGCUCUGGAAGUGAGGGAGGAGGAGGUCCGGCAGCUCUCACUACAGCUGGAGCUAAACACCAGAGAGAGUCAAGCCAAUGAGGAGCAGCUUCAUCUGCAUAUUACACAACUGCAGGAGACAGUGAGUGCUCUAAGGCACCAUCAGGAGGAGAAGGGUGAGGAGGACCCUAUGCUGCAGCUCCCUGCAGCUCUGUUGGAGGAGAAGAACUUGGAGAUCGAUCAUCUUAAUCAGCAGAUCCUCCGUCUGCAGAAAGAGCUGGACACCACAAAAGAUAACAAGGUUGUGGAUGAGAAGCAAGCAGAGAUCGAAGAGCUACAAGCUCAGGUUGAGCGUCUUCACGGUGAUCAGGAGCGCCUUCGCCAAGCUAAAGAAGAAGAGACAGAGCAGCUGCAUGAGGUCAUCCACAAACUGCAGGAGGAGCUGAGCCAACUGGAUGCCAACCGCCAUGAGGUCAGCGACCCAAGCCCUGAACCUCCAGACUUCCCCUGGUCCCCCCGACCCCAGCACAGCACUGAGGAGAGCCUGUGCCAUGAGCUGAGCAGCCAGACGCUGCAGAGCUCCCGUACCAGGCUGAAGGAGCUCCAGGCAGAGCUGGAGAGAUCUGCGGAGGAGAAGGAUGCACUACAGAGGCUGCUGCUUUCCCAGGAGGAGCAGUACGGAGAGCAGGUGGAGGCGUUGGGCCGCAGUCUCGGUGAGGAGAAGGGUAGACUCGUUGUGUUGGAGGAGGAGGCAGAAGAUCUCAGACUCCAGCUGACUGGCAAAGAGGAUGAAGUGGCCAAACUGCAGACCCGUCUGUCUGAGCUCGAAGAUGGAGAGGGGCACCUUAAUCUCCAGCUAAAAAAUGUAGAAGAAAGAAGUGAGGAGGUACGUAAGGAGAUGCUAAGAGAGAAAGAAGCACGAGAGAAGCUGGAAGAUCAGGUCCAAGAGCUGAGACAGAAGGCAGAGGAUGGCCAGAUUGCCAGGGCAGAACUUGAAACACAGAUCAUGAAGCUGGAAGAGCUGGUGCAGCAAAGCAAGACCGAUAUCUCCACCUUGGAGACGGGGAAGAAGGAGCUGUACAUGGAGAGACAGGCUCUGAGAAAACAAGAGGGAAAACUUCAAGAGGAAAUAGAGAGGCUGAAGCAGGAGGUUCAGUCUAAGGGUGAGGAGAUACAGGAAUUAAAUGUAGAGCUGGAGGAGAGGGUGACCAAACAGGAGGAGACACAUAAAGAAGUGCUGACCUGUGCAGAGGAGACCCUGGCCAAGGCAGAAGCAGCCCUGCGAGAAAGAGAAGAACAGCUUGCACAUCUGAGGGCAGAGCAUGACCUGCUCAGGGCGGAGCUUGCUGCUGUGAAGGAAGGGCUCAGCACCAGUACAGAGAGAGCAGAGAAGCUGCGAGAAGAGGGGCAGACGAAGGACCGUGCUCUGGCAGAUCUGGAAGUGCAUAACCAGCAUCUGCGGGCCGAGCUGCGGGGUCUGCAGGACGAUCUGGCCGUGCAGGAAGAGGAGCUGGCGUAUCAGCAGCGGGAACUGGACGAGCUGAGGCUGCGCUGCGCCAGACAAGAGCCCUCUGAGCUCCCUAAAGACGACCACCGCUUUCUGGAGGGCCUGUCACGAGACGCCUCACUCUCCUCUCCGGAAGUGCUGCGGCGGCUGGACUGCAGCGAGGAACGGCACUCUCGCCUCCAUGCUUCUCACCUGUCGGAGCUGAGCGCCCUGCGCAACACCAGCCUCGAACUGGGCACCAAGCCCUCACCCAUGGAGCGGGAGAGGAACGAGCUGAAACGUCCUCUAGUAACGCUCACAGAGACUGAUGCUCCCAGCACACAUUCACCCACCGCCUCACCACGCUCACUGUCCAUCUCCGAGAACCCGUCUGUGAUCGAUUCACUGGAUGCUGAUAAGGUACAAGAUUUGGAGAACCUGGAUGUGAACUCAUCUCAUUCUCCUCUCUGUUCUGCCUCCCCCGUCUCCAUCCCUGAGUGGGCCAGUGAUGGAUAUGGCAGCAAUGUUAGCUCUGAACUUGAGGCCAAACUGAAGCUGGACCUGGAACAUGCGGAGUGGUUGGACUCUCACUUUGUUGAGUACCUGCGCUGCAGGGGCAUGGAUCCAGAUCCACUCGCAGAGAGUGUCUCAGACAGCCUGCACCACAGCCAGGAACUGCUUUCACCUGAGCUGCAGGCCAUGCUGAAGCGUGUGUACCAGGAGAGUUGCAGAGUGCUCUCUCUAUCCCAUCGCCCUCCACCCACCGGCCAGCCCCGCCCAGACUCUGAGGAGGCUCCACCCCCUUCCUGGCAGAGGGAGAGGCGUGCCUUGCAGGAGACUGUGCUGUCGCUCAGGGAGCUGCUCUGCAGGAUGGCUGAGCGUGAACCGAAGGCGGAAGGUGAUCACGUGGACUGGCGAAGGGAGCUCUUGCAGGCUGUACGGAGUGUGUUUGAUAGCGAGAGGGAGUGGCUUCACGCUCAGCUUCAGACUGUGAUGAGCACUAACACGCACAUGGAUCAUACAUCUCUGCUGGAGCAACUGGAAAGGCUUCUUCAGAAACAGGAGGAGCAACAACGGAGGUCUUUGGAGCAGUUGUUAAAUGCAGAUCGUCUCAGUCUCCUGGCAGAAAUCCGCAGUUUGCAUGCGCAGCUGCACACCUGUACUCUGCAGAGUCAGGAGCAACUGCGAGAGCUACAGGACUCCUUCCACACACUGCGAGAGCAGGGCAUGCAGACGCAGCAGAAACUGCAGCAACAAGUUGAUGACUUGGAGAGGCAGUUGCAGCAAGAACAAACUAAAUUACAUGACCAGCACUGUCGUCUGGUGGAGGAACAGUCCAGAACAGCUGAACAGCAUAAGCAGUUAGAAGCAGAACAGAAGAUGGUUUCUGAGCUGAAGGCAGAACUACAGGAGAGCAGUCAGCUGCUGCAUUCUGCCUGUAAAAGCCAGGAGGAGCUGCAGAGUCAGAUCCACAAACUCCGGCUAAAACUGGAGGAUGAGGAGCAGGAGCACCAGACCUGUGUAGAGGCUGUGAGAAGAGAGCAGGUUCGAGUGAAUCAGCUCCAGGAGGAGCUCCAGCAAGAGAGACUGAACAGCCAGCAUGCACUGGAGCAGAAUACACACACGCAAGAGUCUCUGCGUGCCGCCCUGACUGAGCAUUCGUCCCGUCUGAGCCAGCUCAGCGCCGAGCUGGAGCAGGAGCGCACGGCCGUCAGUAAUCUGCGCUCGGAGCUGCAGAUCGAGCAGUCCCGCUGUGAAGCCCUGCUGGCCCAGGAGCGCGAACGCACCCAGCUAGCCCUAACGCAACUGGAUGAGGCGCACUCCCAUACCGCUCAGCUGUCUGAUUCGCUCUCCCGUCAGACCAAGGAGCACGCUCGUCGUCUGGAGGAGGAGGCCAGGUCCCAGGAAGCAGCUAGCGCUCACGACAGGAAGUUCAUCCAGGACCUUCGGGCACAGCUGGAUCAGGAGAGGACACAGGCCGAGGAGCUCGCUGGCAUGGUGGAGAGACUGCAGGCUCAGGUACUACAAAACAAGCGCAGGCAGGAGGAACAGCGGGAGCAGGACGUCCAGAGGGAGCAGGGGGAGGUGACCUCGCUGCGGGCAGCUCUGGAAGGUCUGCAGGCACAGCGGACAGAGGUCAGUCGCAGUCUGGAAGCAGAGAGACAGAGAGCCUCACAGCUUCAGACAGAGCUGGACUCUAUGAAGGAGAAGCUGAGGACAGUGAAGGAGAGGGAGGAGCAGAGGGAGAAGCAGAGGAAGCGUGAGAAACAGGCACAGGAGGACAAAGAGCGACGGCAGGAACGCACCAGAGAGAAACUGCUGGAGUUGGAGGUACUGCGUGAACGCGAUCAGCAGCAUUUACGGCAGCUACAGCAGACUCUGGCUGAUCUGGGGCCCCAGGAGAAGCGUCUCACUGCAGACCACCUGCACAGAGACUCGCACAACACUGAGAACAUAUCUAUAAACCACACAUCUAUCAGUCACACACAGAAUUCUCCCUCGUCUGCUACCUCCUCUCUGGUGGAGCGCUUGAUGACUGAAAACUCUGAGCUGGCACAGCGUCUGGCAUCUCUAAGCGAGGAGAAAAUUUCUCUUAAACACACACUGUCCUGCCUGGAGAGAGAUCUGCACAACCUUAAACGCAGUGAACAGGAGAAGAUUCCUGUACAGUUUGAGCAGACACUGUUGGCAGAGAAGCAGACUUGGCAGAAGGAGAAAGCAGCUCUGCAUGCUGCUCUACACAGAGCUGAAACUGACCUCUCAAAGGCCACAGCCAGCAAUGAGAACAGACCCUUCAGUGACCUCUCCAACAACAAGGUGCAGAGACUGUAUGAGAAGUACCUGAGGGCAGAGAGCUACAGGAAGUCGCUGGUGUAUCAGAAGCGCUACCUGCUGCUGCUCCUUGGAGGUUUCCAAGACUGUGAACAGGCCACACUAGCACUGAUAGCCCGCAUGGGGGCCCAGCCAUCCCUCAGCCAAUCACAGACCUCCAGACCACUCAGCCGCUUCAGGAGCACAGUGAGAGUGCUCAUCGCCAUCUCCAGAUUAAAGUUCCUCACUAGGAAAUGGCAGAGGGCUACAAGGAAAGGCUCAAUUGGAAGUGCCACAGUUAACAGUGCAGCUAUGAGGACAGAGGUUCUGAAGCCGCAGCAGACUGGUGCUGCGUUUAACUCUCCACCCACCCGAGACCACAUCCUCACCCAGCGGGGCCUGGCCUCACCUUUAGUUCCACCAGUCAAGUCUCCCUUCAGGCUGCAUAACAGGGGAUAUCCCAGCAGCCUACUGGCCCCUUCUGAGCGCACCCUCACCCCAUCCCAGGACCAGGAGCGCUCUCUGGCUGAGUACAUCCAGCACCUGGAGCAUGUUCAGCAUCGACUGGGAGCAGUUCAGCCAGGUUCCCCCACCAUGCUGUCCUGUACCAGAAAAUCUGACCGAUGAAUGAUGGAAUAACUGUCAGCAGUGACCUCAUUUUACUGUUGCCAGUUUUUACUGUAUAUUCAGUAUACAUGCCAGUUGAUAUACUUGACCUUUUUAUACUGUAAAGUAUUUUUAUGUAAUUUUUUUUACUUGUUUUUUGUUUGAACUUCAGUUUAAAGACUGCACUGACCACCUGAAUGUGUUUGGUAGUAGUCCUAGCUGUUUCUACAUCAUAUAUCUUUCUCACGCCAUGGUCUGUAAAUAUGCUCACAGUUAGUAAGUUACAUGUUGCAGCUCAUUCAUUUUUACAACAUUUGCACUGGAAUCUGUAAAGAGUCAGUCACAGUUAUCUGCACAAGGGUGCCUGUUUUGUAACCUUUUUUUAAGUGUCUUUUUUUUUUAAUUAAACUAUUUCUGUGACUAAAUAAAUAUUUUAAUAUUUGAA